UUCAUGACAGUUGGUAGAAAAAAUAUGUCUAUAGAGAGUCUUUAAGUUCAGCCCUAUGCCAAUGUACAUGUACUUUUAUUAAAAGAUAGGACGUUUUCUGCUUUCCUUUCGUUCAAUUCAACUGUGGAUCUUACAUAGACUGGCUCCUUUCUUUCUGCUGUUGGACUGAACGUGACCAUUUGAGGAUCAGCAUGUCUGCAGGGCCUGCAUCAAGUUCUGAUCCCAAAAUCAGAUACCAUGGCUUGAAGAACCAUGGAGCAACCUGUUACCUGAACAGUGUUCUGCAAGUUCUGUUCAUGACUGAGGACUUCAGAGAAGCUGUGAACAGCCAAUCCAAUGCUGAGUUCAUUGAUCAUCACCUAAAAGAUUUGUUUGAUCACUUAGUAAAAGGGAAUUCAGAUGCUCUUGAUUUAAUUAAGGCUCUGGACAUCGACACAGUGAACAAACAGCAAGAUGCAUCAGAGUACUGUCAGAAGAUUUUAAGGCUGACCAGUCCCCAAGUGGCAAAGAUCUUCCAUGGAGAACUGACAAACAGACGCAUCUGUUCGUCAUGUAAAACAGAGACAGACACAGAUGAGCCCUUCUGGAUUCUUCCUCUUUCAUUAGUUGACUCCUGCAGUGAGCUCUACAGCGUGGAUUACGGCAUCAGUGAGUUUUUCAAAGCCUCCUUUUUCACUGGAGAAGACCAGAUGUACUGCGAGCACUGUGACACCAAAGUUGAUGCUUGUACUAAAUAUGUCGUAAAGCAUCAUCCAGAGGUUUUGAUUCUGCUGCUAAAGAGGUUUGACUUCAGCUACAAAUACAUGACGUACAUGAAAAUCAACAACGCUGUGGAUGUACCAACUUUCUUGGAGAUACCAGAGAAUCAGGCAUAUGAGCUGUAUGCAGUUGUUGACCACUUUGGGGAUCUGAGAGGUGGACACUAUUGUUCCAGGAUCAGAUCCCAGGUUGACAGCAGAUGGUACGAGUUUAAUGAUACAUGGGUCACACAGAUUGAUAACAAUGUAGACAGCGAUAUUAAAAGAUCCAACACUGCAUUUCUUCUAUUUUACAGAAAGAAAGAUACCAAAACUGAACAAGGUACAUCCUUACAUAAAGAUGACGGUCCCAUUUCCAUUGACAACCAUGCCCUAGUGGCUGAAGGCCUCAUUGUGGCGUCAGCAACCCGUGUGGGCUUACCAGGACAGAGACCGGGCGGAGCUUCUACCGUGACAACCGGGUCCACUGCUGGUCUCAGCCAGACGAUGUCUUCCGCUUCCUCUUCCAUGGGUACAACAGCAUCUGAUGCUGCUUCGGGGCCCGCUUUGCUGGAGCCUGAUCAGGUCGCUCUUCUUCCUGGAGAUGCGGCACUGGCCGUGGUGCCCAGGGCCUCCGCUGUUCCCACCACGAGAGGGAAAUGCCGUCGUAUGCUGCACAAGCCAGUGGCCCAAUACUCUGGCAAGCUAUCCCGGAGCUUGGACACCACACUCUCCAGCUCACCGUCAUCAGGGAAUCCCACAUCAAAACAGGAUAAUCACUUUGGAUUGCUGCCUACCUGCCGGGUCUCUGGAGCUCCCGUAUCCCCACAUGAGCCAGCCAGAGCGGAGGCUGCUGCUUGUCACCCAGCUGCUGUCAGGGGAAGACCCACUAGAAGACCCGGACCUGCUCUGCAUCCCGUACUCAUCGUAGGAGACACCAUUGUCCAGCAUGUCCGGGUUUUCAGGUGCCGCACACUGUCACUCUCAGGAGCAGUCGUCAAUUACAUUAGUAACUCUGCCCGCCGACUCACUGUCAAACACCCCUCUGCUAAGACAUUUAUCGUACAUGCAGGCUCCAACAAUCUCAAACUGCAGAAAUCAGAGACUCUGAAAAUGGACUUCAUCAACCUCAUUCACAAAAUCCAACUGUUAAACAUAAACUGUAUCAUAUCUGGACCACUACCUGCACCCCGUUAUGGAGACAUUAUGUUCUCACGUGUCCUCCAGCUUCACAUUUGGUUAAAAACAUACUGUCAUUCCAUGAGUAUUCCAUACAUUGACAAUUUCACAACGUUUUACAAUAGACCAUAUCUCUUCAAAGCAGACGGUUUACACCCUAACAAUAGUGGUUCCCGUCUUCUCAGCAUGAACAUUGAUCUCACCCUUCGUUCUUUCAAAACCAUUUCCAACUGACGGUUGAACCAGGACACCCACACCCAUGAUAUAUUAUUUUCUGCCACACAGCGUCAUAUACCAGUACAUAUUACCAACAGACAUCCUAAACAUUUUCAUUCAAAGCCACAUGCCUCUUCUGUCAGAUGUCUCCAUCCAUUUCACACAACACUAAUCACUGAACCCAUGUCAUGCUUAUAUGAGAAUGUACCCACAACAUUGAAGAUGGCUCAUGUAAAUGUCAGAUUACUUUUAAAUAAGGCUUUUAUCAUCAAUGAUCUGAUUCUAGAUAAUGAUGUAACUUGUCUGUUUUAACUAAAACCUGGUUUGGCACUGAUGCACCAGCUAAGGCUUCUGCAAGUAAUUUUACUGUAACUUUUUAUUUUCAAUUAGGGGAGGAAAGAAAGGUGGUGGGACUGCAUCGACUGCUCACAAAAAAAUAACAACUAAAAACAUAUUGUACUUUAAGCAUCAUGCUUUCCUUUUAGGUGAUCAACCUGUUUUAGCUGUCACAGUUUACAGAUCACCAAACCCUCCUUCCUGUUUUAUUUAAUAUUUUUUAGAUUUUUUGAUCUUAUCGUCACAUUAGGAUUUUGAGAACUGGUCAUUUUAAUUUAAAUGUUAAUUUUAAUUACCUAUGGACUGUCCGCCGGAGUGUCCUUGGCAUAUCAGACCAUUAUUAUGAGUUUUUAAUGUCACUAGUGAAAUCCAGCAGAAAGCCUCAGUGAGAACUGUGAGGAAGUGGUACCAAACACCCAAAGUGGCUGCAAGUUUUAAAUAAAUGCAGUAGCUCCAUUUAAGACAAAAACAGUAAGAAUCACUUCUAAAAUGCCACAGAAGAUUGAUGACAUCAAGCAUCUGAAACAGAACUGCAGGAAAGAAGAGAGGAGAAAGAUGAAAUUAAUAAUUCAUCAAGACAUUUUAAAACAACUCAAAAAGAACAAUAACUCAGUUAAAAAGACCAGAACCCUCUACUUUCCAGACACUAUUUCAGAAAGUAAUCCCAAGUUUCUUUUUAAAACAAUUGAUAUUUUCAAUAAAAAAAGAUUUCAAUAAGUCCUCCAUGCCAUCAAAUGUUGCAUGUGAGGACUUCACAGACCAUUUCAUGGGUAAAAUCAAUGUUAUAAGAUCUAACAUUUAAUCCUUACAAUACUCUUGUUUUAGCAGAUCACCAGCAUUCCCUCGUUUCACACGUACACAUGGGGUGUAUAUGUGCGAAUUGAGGGGUAAGGGGGGCAAAGGCGUGGGUUGAUUUAAAACUUUUUUUCUCUUUUUUUGUAUUUUGCUGUUUCUUUGAAUUGUAAACCGCUUUGUGCUGCAAUACAUGAAAAUCGCUUUUUACAAACAGAGUUUGAUUUGAUUUGAUGAUCCAAAUUCCAUAACUGAAAAUGACAUUAAAAAAAACAAAAUGAUGAAGAAGUUCUCAGUCAGGAUGAGACUCUUUCUUUCUGUGCUCUCUACGUUGAUACAAAACCUUGUAAAGUGGGUCACCAGAAAAUCCAUGUCUCUGAUAAUCCUGACUCAGUAGGUGAUUUACAGAAACUAGUGGUAAGGAGGGCAUGAGAGGCCUUUUUAAAAAAGUAAAGAGCUAAUAAACAGAACUGUACUUCCUGCUGGAGCUCAGCCUAAAGAUGUCAAACAAGAUUGUGAUAAAGACUCCAGAAAUAUUAUGAGCGCAAUGUUGAUAUAAAAAAACGUAAAGCACAUAAAACAUUAGAGAAAGCAAGACAUCUGAGACCAAACAGAAAAACAAAAGAGGAAAGAAAAGAAAAAGAAAAAAGAGAGCCAAGUGAAUAUUAUUUUUCCAUCCUCCACAUAGAGACGGAAGUUCUACAGAUUUUGUUUUUAAAAAUUUGAUUUGGACCACAAUAAUAGUAGAAACUUUAUUGUUAUAUUUUAUCAUAGUAUGAACAUUUUCAGAUUUAAAAUGUUUAAAUGUGAUUGUGAUAAGCUUUGAGAUGUGAUCUUUUAUAUUGCUUUGGCCACAUCAGUACCGUUUAAAGAAAUUGCUGUAAUAUUCAAAUGAACAUAGACAUACAGAUUAUCUCGUGAUUUGAAGGACUGGUUUUAAUGUAAUCUUAAUGUGCUCAAAUUGUCCAGAAAGUGAAUUUGUUAACUGUAAGCCUCUAAUGAUCAUUUGAAGUUACAUUUUAACAGAAAUGCUUUGUAUGAUAAUAAAAAUGGGACUUGAUAAAGCAUGGGUCGUUCAAUGUUUGAGUGUUGCACUGACCAGGAAGCCCUUUAAUUUCAUUGUAACAAUGACAAAUAAACACUUAUUCUGUUCUAUUUUAUUCUAUGCUAUGCUAUGUUAUGCUAUUAUAUUGCACUAGUAGUGGAUUUUAAGGCGAUGCAAGGGGGGGCGCCACCAAAAAUCUUGCUUUAGACACCAAAUUGCUUUGGGGCGGUGCUGGUGAUGUUUAUGUUUUGUUUACAGUUGAAAUUAACAAGGAAGUUAACAGAAUAGCUUUUGAGUUUGACAUUGUUUAUAGCAGGGGUCAGUAACCAGUGGACUAGACUGAGACCCAGAUCCAAACUUGACACAAAACUUAUUUUAAAUGGGACAGCUCUUGAUGUCGUUGCAACAGGGACAUUGAAAGGGACAUUUAGGAUUUUUUCCUACAGAAAGGCUGAAUUAUGAAGGAAUUUUCCAGUUUUGUAAGGCAACCCCGAUAGGCUGAAAAAUGUCUAAAUGAAAAUGAAGAAUUUGUUCAAAUGUGCAUUCUUCCGGGGAGGUGUUGGAUUUGUGGAAGAAGGUGAUGAGGGCUGGUGGAUCCUCCUUUCAUCUCAUUUUCUUGGUGAUGUCAGCAGUUGUCCUGGUAGUGUUCCUGUUGUGUGUGUCUCGCACAGUUCCAUGUG